AUGCUGGGAUACGGGGAGUGGAAAACAUCGGGAGAUUUUCAGCCAGAUAUGGAAACAAUGGGAAAAAUAAAAAUAAAAAUAAAAAUAAAAAUAAAAAUAAAAAUAAAAAUAAAAAUAAAAAUAAAAAUAAAGUUUGGGUGCUGCAGGCUGAGGCUCCUCCACAGGGAUGAGGGGCAGGAGGAUGGGAAUGCUCCGCUUUGGAUCCAUCCCAGGAUCCCAUCCCGGGAUCUUCUCCGGCCCUGGCAGUGGCAAAAAGCUCCUGAUCCCCACCCUGGCUCACCCCAAUCCACCGGGAUCGGGAUCAGGAUUGGGAUCGGGAUGGGGAUCAGGAUUGGGAUUUGGAUCGGGAUUUGGAUCGGGAUUGGGAUCGGGAUUGGGAUUUGGAUUGGGAUUGGGAUCAGGAUCGGGAUCGGGAUUGGGAUCGGGAUUGGGAUUGGGAUCAGGAUUGGGAUUUGGAUCGGGAUUGAGAUCGGGAUCGGGAUCAGGAUUGGGAUCGGGAUUGGGAUCGGGAUCAGGAUCGGGAUCGGGAUUGGGAUAGAAAUUGGGAUCGGGGCAGGGAGGAGCAGCAGGAAUGUGAGAGGUUGGAUCCCACAUCCCUUGGGACAGGGAAUGAGGGGGAAUCCUGAAUCCUUUGUGGGAAUUGAGGCUGAAUCCCACAUUCCUUGGGACAGGACUGAGGGCUGCAGAGCCCAGCGCGUGGUGCUGGAGGACAAAUCCUCCUCCCUUUCCUCUUUUCCCUCCUCCUUUUCCUCUUUUUUUCCUCCUCCUUUUCCUCUUUUUUUCCUCCUCCUUUUCCUCUUUUUCCUCCUCCUUUUCCUCAGGAGCAGAGCCCCCGGCCCCGUGCCCACCUGUACAUCUCUACCUAUUAAUUACAUUAAUUACAUACACUUAUAUACACACACGGACACCCAGCCCCAUCCCUGCUCCCGGGGAGCUCCUUCCCACCAAACCUCUCCGGAUUGA